AUGAUGAAAGAUGUGUUCAGACCGACCAAAUCCGCUCCGAGUUCUCCUGCAAAGCCACUCGGUAUCUCCCGCACUCGCUCUGAAUCGUUUCAUGCCAUCCACAAAGUCCCUAUCGGAGACAGUCCUUACGUCAGGGCCAAAAAUGUUCAGUUGGUGGAGAAGGAUCCAGAGAGAGCGAUUCCUCUGUUUUGGUCCGCCAUUAAUGCCGGAGACAGAGUAGACAGUGCUCUGAAAGAUAUGGCCAUUGUGAUGAAGCAGCAAGAUCGCGCUGAAGAGGCAAUCGAAGCCAUUAAGUCUCUCAGAGUCAGGUGUUCAGAUCAAGCCCAGGAAUCACUUGACAACAUCCUCCUAGAUCUCUACAAGAGAUGUGGGAGAUUAGAUGACCAGAUUGGACUUUUGAAACACAAACUCUUCUUGAUUCAAAAAGGUCUCGCCUUUAACGGUAAACGAACCAAAACCGCUAGAUCUCAAGGGAAGAAAUUUCAAGUCUCUGUAGAACAAGAAGCCACUAGGCUAUUGGGGAACUUGGGAUGGGCGUUGAUGCAAAGAGACAACUUUGUGGAAGCAGAAGAUGCAUACAGGAGAGCUCUAUCAAUCGCACCAGACAACAACAAGAUGUGUAACCUCGGGAUCUGUCUGAUGAAGCAAGGAAGGAUCGAUGAGGCUAAAGAGACAUUACGGCGUGUGAAGCCAGCUGUGGUUGAUGGUCCCAGAGGUGUGGAUUCUCAUCUGAAAGCGUACGAGAGAGCGCAACAGAUGCUCAACGAUCUUGGAUCCGAGAUGAUGAGAAGAGGAGGGGAUGAUAAAGUCGAGCAGAGGAGGCUGUUCGAUGCGAUGUUCGGGUCUUCCUCUAUAUGGCAGCCUCAGCCUUGUAGAGAGCAGAACGUGAAGGCUGCUGCUAAACCGAAGCCGGAUUUGAGUAGUGAUGGAUACGGUGACGAGAACGUGAAGAGGAAUGUGAAUGUGAAUGUGAAUGUAGUAAACCCGUUAAGGGUUGAUGCGAAACCGUUCUUCUCUUCGAAGUUGACGACCAUCAAUAAUGAGAAGCUGAAGAGGACGAGAUCGUCGAGCCAAACGAUGGGGAUGUUGGAAUGUGGUGGUGGUGAUGGUGGUGAGGGAGAGACAAGCGCGAAGAGAAGGUUGUCGAUGGAGAAGAGAGCGAAAGACUGUGGAUUACCGGAUAACAAGGAGUUUGAAGAAGCGAUGAUAAUGGCUGUUUUGGGGACAGAGAAGACGAAAGUGGUGGAACAGAAGAGGCUUAGGGUUUUUCAGGAUAUCACUUUGUCCUCCCUUAGCCCUAGAGCUUGA